AUGUCAGGUGCUGCUGCUGUUGCUCCUCCUAAUACUACUGCUGCUGCUGCUGCUACAGAGCCUGUACUGGAGGUGAAAAAAGACCUGCGGCUUCUGCAGACAGGCCGGCCAGUGCAAGGGUGUACCAACACACCCGAUCUUCUGGAAAAGCACAAUGUCAUUACUGGAGGAAAGCCGUACUUUCGAUUCCCCCCUGAGCCUAAUGGUUUUCUGCAUAUUGGACACGCAAAGAGUAUGAACUUGAAUUUUGGCUGCGCUGUUGCUCACAGUGGAAAAUGUUAUUUGCGAUAUGAUGACACCAAUCCAGAGACAGAGGAACAAGUGUAUAUUGAUGCUAUUGCAGAGAUGGUGCGAUGGAUGGGUUGGAAACCAGACUGGAUUACUUUCUCUUCUGAUUAUUUUCAGCAGUUAUAUGAUUUUGCCAUUCAACUUAUUAAGGAUGGUAAAGCCUAUGUUGACCAUUCCACUGCUGAUGAAAUAAAGAAACAACGAGAAAAUCGUGAAGAAAGUAAGUGGCGUAAUCGACCUGUAGAAGAAAAUCUCCUUCAUUUUGAAUAUAUGCGACAAGGGAGAUAUGCAGAGGGUGAAGCAACAUUACGGGUAAAAAUUGAUAUGAAGAGUGAUAACCCAAAUAUGCGUGAUUUUAUCGCAUAUCGUGUGAAGUAUUCUGCCCAUCCACACAGCAAAGAUAAAUGGUGCGUCUAUCCCAGUUAUGAUUAUACACACUGUCUAAUUGAUAGUCUUGAAAAUAUUGAUUACAGUUUGUGUACAUUGGAAUUUGAGACACGACGAGAAAGUUACUUUUGGUUACUUGAACAGUUAAAUCUCUGGAGGCCACAUGUCUGGGAGUUUAGCCGCCUUAACGUAACAGGAUCAUUACUUUCAAAGCGAAAGAUAAAUGUCUUGGUAAAGAAAGGCAUCGUUCGUGGAUUUGAUGAUCCACGUCUUUUGACACUGGCAGGUAUGCGUCGACGUGGAUAUACACCAGAGGCUAUCAAUCGUUUCUGUGAUCUUGUGGGUAUAACACGUUCAAUGAAUGUUAUUCAAGUUUCUAUGCUGGAGCACGUUUUACGUGAAGAUCUUGAUGAACGUACAAAUCGACGUCUCAUGAUUGUGGAUCCCAUCAAGGUUGUCAUUGAUAACUGGGAUGGUGAAAAGGAAGUGGAUUGUCCCAAUCACCCACGGUGUGAAGAGCGGGGAUCACGAAAAGUGAAAUUCACCAAAACAUUCUAUAUUGAUCGCAGUGACUUCCGAACGGAGGAUAACAAUAGCAAGUUCUACGGUUUGGCCCCUGGUCCACGGGCUGUUGGAUUAAAGUACAGCGGUAAUAUCAUCUGCCGCAGCUACGAGUGCGAUGCGGAGGGGCGGCCAUCCCUCAUUCACGUUGAAGUGGACUUUGAGCGGGCGGUGAAGCCAAAGACAAACAUCAGUUGGGUGAGUGAGACACAUGCCGUGCCUGUGGAGUUCCGUCUCUACAGUUAUCUGCUGAAGGAUGAUCGCGCAGCCAUUGAUCCAGAGUUCCUCAAAUACAUUAACGCCGACAGUGAACAGAUCGUGCAGGGAUAUGCAGAGCCGGCUGUGCGGGAGGCGAAGGUGUUUGAAUCGAUGCAGGCGGAACGCUUUGGGUACUUUGUGGUGGACCCCGACACAACGGCUGAGCGCCUCGUAAUGAACAGAGUCUUGACACUCAAGGAAGAUAAAGAGAAGAGCACCAACAACAACAAUAAUAAUGCUAACGCCGCUACGAACAAGAAUAACAACAAGAACAAAGGUAAGUAG